CUUAAACGCACUUUUAAGUCCGUUUUCUAGUGUCCGCCUGAAGAAUUGAAAAUUGAUUCUUAUUCAAUCAAAUUCAAAGCUUCCGCAAACAUCCUAUUCAACCCAUAUUGGAGUGAUCGAUCAUGAAGUUAGGGUUUUAUUGCCCCUGCUGCCCAUCUGUAUAAAAGAAUUGCGGACGAUGUCAAGACCAGCGCUGCUUGUUUUUGUGCUUCUUAUUCUCAUAAUCACUUCCCAGUUUGAGUGGAAGCAACAAGUUGUGCCUGAUCUUGACACUACCCCAAGCAUCUCCAAAAAGCAGAAUCAAAACUCGAAUCGGGAAGUAGCUGUGAAAGAGAAGAUCAUAUUAUUGCAAGAAAAGAACAUUCAGAGACUCAAUGAGCUUGUUCGUAGUCUUCUGGAACAGUUGGUACAGUGUAGGAGCAAGAAUGUGACGAGAAAUCAAACUGUAAGCUUCCUAACAGAACAUGUUACAGAACUUGAACGACAUCAGAUAUUCGAUGACUAGGCUGAGCCCGUGGAAGUAUAUGGAUUCUUGUAAUAUGUUUGAACUGUAAAAACCUUUGUGUUCUUUUACCAGGUUUCACAAUGAAAUUCCACUUAGUUUGAGUGUAGAAUGCCAACCACUCAUGUGUCAUUGUACCACACUGUAAUGCAAACGUGCACUUUGUAUCCCGAAGAAUCUUCUCCUCACAUUUUAACCGUUUUUCCCCUUGGUUAAGUGGAAAUUUAAUA